AUCACUGCGCUUGCGCAUAUAAUACCUGCCGGUUGGUAACAACCUGGGGGGGGAAAGGCGGGGUUUCUAGAGGCUAUCCGGGUUGCAAUGGAGAGGGCGUGGCGUUGCCAUGGAAACGCUCUCAUUAGCGUCUGUUUUGGCAACGUUGAACGUUCUGCUGAAUGGCGGGCAUUGCAGGCGCCGUCCUGACACUGAGGCGACGGUGGGCGGGUUCUUCUAGGCAUCAAUGCGAGGGACUGGGCGGCUCCCGGGGGAGAGUGAGCUCUGCAGAUCCGUUACCCAGUAACAGACGCGCUCCAGGACUUCUCCCGGUGUGCACGGCGUCAUACUAGCGGCUCUCCAGGAAAUGGCAUCUGUAAUGAGAAAACCUGGUCUUGCCCAGCGUAAGAAAACCGGCGCAAAACCUGAAUUAACGGAAGAGCAAAAGCAAGAGAUCCGAGAAGCAUUUGAUUUGUUUGACACAGAUGGGUCUGGUACUAUAGAUGUUAAGGAACUGAAGGUAGCCAUGCGUGCCUUAGGUUUCGAGCCAAAGAAAGAAGAAAUGAAAAAAAUGAUCGCUGACAUUGAUAAAGACGGUUCUGGUACCAUUGACUUUGAGGAUUUCCUAUCUCUAAUGACGCUUAAGAUGAGUGAGAAAGACUCUAAAGAAGAAAUCAUGAAAGCUUUCCGGUUAUUUGACGAUGAUGGCACAGGAAAGAUCUCCUUCAAAAACCUAAAGAGGGUUGCCAAGGAAUUGGGGGAAAACCUGACAGAUGAAGAAUUACAGGAAAUGAUUGACGAAGCCGAUCGUGAUGGAGAUGGGGAAAUUAAUGAACAGGAAUUUCUUCGGAUCAUGAGGAAGACGAGCCUUUACUAAGCUGGUUGCGGAAAACAUAUUAAAGGGGUUGUCCCCUUAUUUAAAUUUUUUUACAUUGAUGACCUAUCUUCAGGAUAGGUCAUCAUUAUCAGAUGUGCGUUGUGCCGACUCCCCGCUUGUAUGAGCGCUGCCUUCUUCUCUUCACUGUCUACCUGCUCAUUGUCGCAACUGCAUCGGUGAGCAGGUGUAAUUACGAUUGUUCAAGUGAACAGGAAGGAGCUGUCCUAUUGACGUGAAUGGAGACGGAGCGGUUGUAAUUACACCUGUUCACUGCUGCGUCUGCAACAGUGAGCAGGUAAACAAAAGGAGGCCGCUCUAGUAAGAGCGCUGCAUUCUCUUCAAACGGCUAAUCAGCGAGGGUGCUGGGAGUCGGCUCCACACCAAUCCGAUAUUGACCUAUCCCAAUAUUUAAAAAAAAAAGUGGACAACCCCUUUAACACUGUGAAGAUAUAUACCGAAAAGCAAACCAAAAAAAAAGCUAUUUGGAAUGGCCUGUCCUAAGAUUUGCAUCUGGACCGUCAAAGCUACGUGUAUUGUUCUGUUAUAUGCCAUGUCUUUAAAUGGAUCCUUUGAAAUGUGCCACUACUCGGAGCAUGUCUGUACCACUUAUCUGUGUUAUUAGCUGUGUUUUGACAUGUACACAGUGAUACAUGAGCAUUAGCAAUAUGCUAUGAGUGUAUCGAUUUGUCUCCUCAAUAACAGUUCUUCACCCACAAAGGGCUGUGCUGCUGCUGAAGAAGCUCCCCCUGCUGCUUGAUUGACAUAGCUGCACAUCUCACCUGGCAUCGGCAAUCUUGCACCAGCGCCCCAAGAGCAUCCGGAGCAGUAACUGUGUGUGCUGCUACUCUUCCAGAUAGCAGCGCAUCAACAGUCGCUGCUGUGGAACAAAGCCAGUGCUCUUGCGUCGUUGCUCGGAGCAGAGACACAGGCGCAAGUUUGUUAGGGCCGGGUGAGAUGUCCAGCCCUGUCAAUCAAGGGUCAGGGGUUUCUUCUUCACCAGCAGGGACAGCCCCUCGCAGAUGAAGAACGUUUGUUGAGGAAACGGAUAGAGACUGUUGUUGACGUAUGAAUCGAUUUACUAAUCUUUACUCCUGUUCUUCCCUUUAAAUAGGGCAUAGCUUAGUUUUUUCUACCCUGUUGUGUCUUGCCACCUGUUUUUUAUUUAUUUGCGUUGGAUGAAUGGCUGGUGGUUCAUUCUUUACUCUUGGCUUUGUGUUUGUUAAAGUGCACUGUAGUAUAUGGACUUGAAUAUUUUGUA